UUCUAAAAGAGCUGGCAGGCUCCAUGUAGGGCGUGCUAUGACAGCGUCUUUACUCCUCCAUUCCCGCUGGAUUGACCCGGUGAUGUUUCUCUAUGACAACGGCUUGGAUGAUAUGAACAAGAAUAUGGAAGGGUUUGUGGGAGGCAAUUUUGCUGCGAAUCAGUGUAGGAAUCUUAUUGCCCACCCGUCUUCUUUGGCCCCGAGCACAACCUACACGUCGAGUGAGGUACCAGGGUCGGGCAUGGGAGAACCUGUCAAACAAUGUAGUCCCUGUUCAGCCGUGCAGAAUUCUCCCGGUGCCUCAUUGCCCUAUGGAUAUUUUGGAGGCAGCUACUACCAGUGUAGGAUGCCCAAGUCCUGCACUCAGCCUUCCUCCUAUGGGGAAAAAUACAUGGACGCGUCUGUUUCUGGAGAGGAGUUCCCUUCUCGGGCUAAGGAAUUUGCUUUCUACCAGGGUUACUCGUCUGGCCCCUACCAGCCUGUACCUAGUUACCUUGAUGUACCGGUCGUACCUGCGCUGAGCGCCCCCGCGGAACCCAGACACGAGUCUCUUCUGCCUGUUGAGACUUACCAACCCUGGGCGAUCACGAACGGAUGGAGCAGUCCGGUGUACUGCCCAAAAGACCAAACACAGUCCAGCACCCUAUGGAAAUCGUCUAUUCAAGAUAGCGUGUCGGGUACUGAUGGAGCCUCAGGUCGUCGAGGGAGGAAGAAGCGGGUUCCCUACACCAAGGUUCAACUAAAGGAACUAGAACGAGAAUAUGCCACAAAUAAGUUCAUCACAAAGGACAAACGAAGAAGGAUAUCUGCUCACACAAACCUGACCGAACGACAAGUGACCAUCUGGUUUCAAAACAGGAGGGUGAAAGAGAAGAAAGUGGUCAACAAGUACAAGGGCAUCAGUUAAAACGAAUCUGAAAGAUUUUUUUAACUGAUAUACCAAAGGGUACAAACGGAAGGACCUUCAACAUUAUUUAUUCUGAAAUACAUGCCGUCAUCUGUUUCACUUCAAGAGACAGUGCAGAUGCGCGGCGGUGAAAAUAUAUUGAUGGAACGCUGAAAGAAACUGAUCAGAACAACAUAUUCACCACUUCUUCUUUUUUUUUCCUUCUUCUUCAUUUUUUAUUUUAUUUUAUUUUUUUUAUCUAUGACGUCUUUAAGAGAAAGACGUGAGAGGAAUAUAGACAAAACUAUUUUCGACACAUUGAAAGAAAGUCACUGAAGCAGACAAAACCAUGGCAAUUUUUUUUUACAUUUUUGUUUAAUUUUUUUUUAUUAUUAUUAUUGAUCACGUUUCCACAUGUAGGAAACACAACUGUACCUUUGAGACUGUGGAUUUGCAUGUUGAUCGAGGAGGCGAGAAUAUGAAUUCUUGUAAACUACAUUUGAAUCACGCCAUGAUAGAUACGUUUUUCUCAUCUUUUUUUACUACACGCAUAUCUGUAAAUAAAAAGCCCCUUUCAGGCACCUUGCGAAAUAUAAAAAUUUCCAUGUGUUACUGCAGACAAUAUGCAAAUAAAACUCCCCAUAUGAGUAUUCAGAUUUAUUUAUUUUCAAUUACUCAAAAUGUUCCCGAAGUCCUAAUCGAAAUAUUCAUAACAAAUUAUUCGUUUUAAUAGGCUAUAUAGUAGAAAUAACUCCAAUUCUAAUUCUUUUGUCAGCCAAGAGCAAAUGAGGUAAAACAGAAAAUAAAAUAUCAUGUGUUAAACCGGGGAUUUUUUAUUUAUUUAUUUAUUUAUUUUGUAUGUGUUGUCUUAUUCUAUUUGACAAAAUCAUAGACAGUAAGUUAAAUUCCUAAAAUCCAGAAUAAAAUAUCCUUCAACAAUCAUUUUCCAUGAGCUUCAUGGUGCUGCCAUCUAGUGGUAUAAGUAAGUCUUUGCAGUAACAUCCAGCCCCGGUUAAUUCAGAGGUAUUACAAACGAAUGCGAGAUUGUAUUAAUAUCUAACAUCUUGAGAUGUUUGUAUUAAUAACAGUAUCAAAGUAUGGAAAACAAAAUCAGUUUAAAAUCAUCUGCGACUAAGAUAACUUGAGAAGGAGUGACUUGUGUCGGUAUAUCUUUAUCUGUUACACAACAAUAAAUACAUCUGUUUCUUUCUCACACACAAGCUUUAUAAAAGUUUUUUUUUUUAAUUAUUAUUAUUAUUGUUAUUUAUCCGUAAAUUAUUUUCUCACGAUAUUAUAUGGCCCAAAUGCAGCCAGAGUAAGGGUGUUUGGAGAAGCUACUGUUCUCACGCAGGUCUUUGUUUCCUGUAGCUUGCAUUUAUUCAACAGAACAACACAAUUAAAUUUUUAACAGGUUUUAACAGUUUAAUUGUAAAAUUACUUGAAAUAAAUGCUACUAUAACAAUAAAACAAACAAACAAAAAAGAAAUAUUAUUGUAAAUAUAAAACUUGUGAUAGAUAUAAGACAAAUAAACAAUAAAUAAACGUUUACAGUUAAAUCAUCUUUUGUGUUUCAACGUAUUGAUGAAAACAACUUCCACGAAUAUUUAAAGAGAAUAAAGUGACAAUGAAACUUGGAAAUUAAAUAGGCUAUAACCCACACAAAACAACAGGUACACGUAGGUCUACAACACGUACAACAGAAGCCUUGGGUUAGUCUUAUGUCCCUGUGACAAAUAAAAAAGUAAAAAACAAAACAAAACAAAAAUAAAUAAAUAAAAAAAUCAAUAAAAUUAAACAAUUUUUUUUCUUUUUUUUUUACUGAUAACAUUUGUUGUUACAUAUUAAUAGAUGAUUGUCUAUAUUCUUUAGAAACUUGAAGGUAUCUUAUUCGUAUACUUUUAAAUGUGAUGCACACUAUUAUACAUGCAUGAUUAUGAUAUAAUUAUAUUAAUAAUAAUAAGAAGAAGAAGAUUACUUACGCAACAAAAGCAUUCUCAAAUACAUAGUCUCGGUAAAACUUCCUAAAACUAAAUUGGAAAAAAAUUAAAAUGUUACAUUUUUAAGCCAGACCAAGACAUCGUUUUGUCUAGAAGAAUUACAGCAUUAUCCAAUGAAGAAUCCAGUUUAUUAUGGCUUGUGUAGUAGUUUGUAAUUCUGCUAUUAGACCACAUCGUGUAAUCUAAAAUCAGAUUAAAACGUGAAAACAAUUUCGUUUCACUUGUAGGUUAAUUCUUGUUGCUCUUGCUCUUUGUGUUACUUUGAAGAG